AUGCGGACCGACAUCUGCCUCUCUCGCUUCUUUGCUCUUCUCCUCUGCUUAGUAUUCCCCCUCUAUAUCGCCCUCCGUGGCGCUGCGUCGUUUUCCGACAUUGCACUCUCCCUCUCCUCCCUCUCCGAGCGCGCCCAAGCCCUCCAUGUCGCCUUCGCGUCGCCACUUGCCGCCUCUCCCGCGCUAAUCUCCAAUGAAGCCAUCCAAGCCUCCAUUUCCCAAGGUGAGAGCAGGAAGAAAUACCCCACUCUUCCCACUGGACUGGCCCACUGUAUCAACUCUUUCGAACAGUAUCCGUUCCUCGCCGAGCAAGUGCUCCAGCGGAAGCUUGCGCGGUAUGACAAGCAGAUGCCCCCGCAGAAGGCGAUAAGCAACAAGCUUGGCUAUCCUGCGCACUUCGACAAGGCCAGGAAGGGCAUCGAGGUGAACGCCCGGUUCUCGGAUCAGAUCGCGCAGAAUGCGAGGGAGCAUUACCAAACCGGCCCGCGAGCGCUGGGAGACGAGCAAGACGCCGAACUUCAAGUUGCGGGCCUGGCGUUCACACAUCUGUCCCGGGACUGGAGCAUACAGGGCGCAAAAGAGAGGCAGGCCGUGUUUCCACCAGUUCUGCAUGGGCUCGAGCAACACUUUGGCGGGAGAGGAAGGGGGAAGAGGGUACUUGUACCCGGAAGCGGUAUGGGCAGACUGGCAAGCGACAUCGCUGAUCUCGGGUACGACGUCACGGCCAACGAGCUGGACUACAGCUCCGUCCUGGCCUACCACAUGCUAACGAACCACACGAGCUCGCUGGACCAACAUACUCUGCAGCCUUUCGUGACAAGAUGGACAUACCAAGCCGACUCCUCCUCGCGGUACUCGGCCAUAACUGUGCCGGAUCACUGGCCCAACAAGACUGUCAAGCUCGUCGAGGGUGACUUCUUGGACGUGUUCCCCCAGGACGCGGAGUUCGAUGCUAUUGUCACGCUGUUUUUUAUCGACAUUUCCGAUAACGUAAUUGACUUCCUGAGCAACAUACAUCGGCUGCUGAAGCCUGGUGGAGUGUGGAUUAACCUUGGACGUAGGUCACUGUCCUCUCAUUCCCGAGAACUGCCCCUUGUGCCAUUCUCAUCGUCUUCUUGGCGUCGGUCUCCCGCUGACGUGCAUACAGCGCUGAAAUGGGGAACCCACACCGCCCUCCAGCUCUCCGUCAAUGAAGUGCUCCAGCUGGCAGAUCUGCUUGAGUUCGAUGUCAACCAUGCGUCAAGGAAGAGCAUUGACAGUGUGUAUUCAGAGCAGCCACAAACGUUGCUGAAGUUCACCUAUGGUAAGUUUCUGAAAUUUCCUUGUGAGCUUUGA